UUUAUAUGAUGUAAAUAAUUUGAAUAUGGUUACGUUAUUAGGAUCAUGUUUUGACUCAAUAAUCAAAUCUAUCAGAUCAAUAGGAAAAACGAUGGAUCAUACGUUGGUUGCUAUGAUAAACGUAUUGAUAUCGACUAGGCCACAUAACAAUGCCAACCGCAAAGUUAUUGACGCAAUUCUAGCAAUGAAACUAUAUCUUAGCAAUGGAAAUAUUCUUAAUAGCGCGGUACCGCUAACGGAACAAGAAUCCGUAGACGUGAAUUUGGUGGUUUCUAAAUUGGAUAUGUUUAAAAGGUAUAAUCGUUUUAUCACAACCCAAAUAGAACAUUACACGUUACAUAGCUGCUCGACACAAUCACCACGCGAGUAUUUUACAAAAGAGACUAUGACUAAGAUAGAUAAUCAAUGUAGCAAACUUGUAGACAGAAAUGACAUAAUUGACCUCAUAAAAUGUGUUGAGAUUAUCAUUGAAGAUAAUUUGAAAAAAUAUGAACCUCUUGUAUCCCAAAUCAAAGUAAAUGAUUUUACAGUUGACAAUUUGUUAAUGACGGAUAUUUUAGAAAAAGCUUCGAAUAUUGAUAACAGUUUAUCGAUGCUACGUGUUAUAAAAGUUUCAUGGGAAGGCAAUGCCAUGAAGUUAACGGAAGUUGUUGAUUUCGUGAGAAAUCAGAUCAACCCAAAAUACCUUUGUAAAUAUCAACUGACCAUGCUUAAAGCGAUUGUUUUUAUAGCCUAUGAAAUAAUGAAAACAAUUAUUCAAUCUACUGCAUCAAGCGACAAUUUCUUUCUUUAUUGUUACAAUAUGAAAGAAAUGCUGAAGGCAUUUAAUGUUAUUAGCAGAGAUUUUGUCCCGUUAAGAAUAUUCCGAGUUUAUCAAAUGAUUGUUAAUAAUUUCAAAGAGUACUUCCAAAGUGACGCUUCGAUUAAUAUAGAUGCACUCAUUCGUAUAAUUGAAGUAGAACAAUACUAUUUGGUGUCGCAGAAAGAGUCAUCUGAUGCAAAAGUCGAUGAAUUAUUACAUUCAAACGUAGAUCUUUCAUUAGGUACGACUUCUGAGUCACCGGAUGUCGAAAUGACCGAUUCUUCUGGACUUUGGGAAAUGGAUGUCUACACGGCCGAAGGUCAAAAAUAUAUUAACCACUUACUAACGUAUUCGGUUAAUGUUAAAGAAAUUUGGUCCAAUCUUACAAAUGUAGCACUUGUGUUGGAUUUAAAACGAAUGAGCAAUUUACAGGUCUAG